AUGAAUAAACCGAUUUUAUACCAAAACUCGAAUGGCUUACAACGGAGCGAUGCUCAGGAAGUGCUCAACGAAUUUUCGGCCGGCUUUGGAUGUGACUUAUCCGCGGAAAUGGUGAAUUAUGCACGCAAUAAACAUAGCCAACCGAAGAUGUCAUUCGAACAAUUCGAUUUGAGCAUUGAUCGUGAAUUGCAAUCCACAAUGAAAGGGAUGGACUUCGAUCACAUCACCUCGUUCUAUUGUCUGAUGUGGAUUCAUGAUCAACAAAUUGCUGCCAGAAAUUUAUACAAAUUACUAAAACCUGGUGGUGACAUGUUGGUAGUGUUCCUUGCACAGCAUCCCAUGUACGAUUAUUAUAAGAAGCAGUCGUUCGAUGACAGAUGGUCCGAGUAUAUGGAUGAUGCCGAUGAAUACAUUUCACCGUAUCAAUAUUCGAACGAUCCAGCCGCAGAUUUCCGGAAUCAUUUGACUGAUGCCGGAUUCAGAGAGUGCAGAGUGGAAGCACGGGAAAAGUGCUACGUCUUUAAUGGUGUUGAAAUAGCAAGAAAUAUAUUGCGUUCGGUUAAUCCAUUUAUUGAUCGCAUUCCCAUACAAAAUCAAGAAACAUAUCUUGAAGAUCUGCUGCAAAACUUUGUUCAAAAUCAUGUCGUACGAGAUGAUUUCUAUGGGAACAGUGAAUUGUGCCGAAUCGCUCCACCCUACAAACUGAUGGUUGCAUAUGCCAGAAAAUAG